AUGCACAGAAUAUCAGUGACAUGCUUUCAAACUUCAUUGUUCGAGCAAUCGAAAACGGGUGACAAUACUCGAGAUCAAAUUUUUGCUACUUUAUCACGUUAUGGCAUUGACCCAAAUGAAUUUCAUAUUAUUUAUGUAACUGACAAUGGAUCGAAUCUUGUUUGUGGUCUGAAAGGAGAAGUUCAUCUUCGUUGUGUUUGUCAUUGUUUAAAUUUGGCUUUACAAAAUGGUGUUACAUUAUGUCCUAGUUUCGAAUCGUUAAUUAAAUCUUGUCAAAGUGUAUGCACCCAUUUCAAACGAUGUGAAAUGAACCAAUCAUUACCAACCAGUCUCAAGUUGAAUGUCGAUACUCGUUGGACUUCAAUUCAUGAUAUGUUGGAAUCUAUUUCAUUAAAUUUUCAACAAUGUGAAGAUUUAUUGUUUGAUCGCAAUGAAACAUUUUAUUUAAACGAUAUUAGUAGAAAAGUAGUAAUGGAUUUUGUUAAAUUUUUAUCUUUAUUCAAAGUAGCAAGCGAGGAAAUGUCUGUUGAUAAAACACCAACCCUCCGCCUGGUAGUGCCUUGGUUCACGAUAUUGAAAAAUUCGUGUGAACUUAAAGACGAUGAUCACUUACUAAUAGCUCAAUAUAAAAGUGUUGUAUCGAAAAUGCUGGAUGAAAAAUUUCGCAUAACCUCAUUGCAUUAUAUUGCCACUUUUCUUUACCCAAGUGCAAAAAGGUUUUUGACAUUCAGUAAUAGAUUACGUGAAGAAAUCUAUAAUGAUACUCGUAAAAUUAUGAAAACGAUUGGAAUUCAUGAAGAACAAUCAUCUUCAUCAUCUACGACAACUGCAGAGACUGUGAAAAGUGGAAGAAAGAUUUUAUUCUACGUGGUAAUGUUAUGGAAGAAUUUGCAGGAAAUAUCGAUGAAGACGAUGAUGAUGAUUGCGAUGAAGUCGAUCGAUAUAUUAACACCAAACUUCCAUUUUCGAAAGAUGAAUCAUUAUUGA